AUGGAUCUGAUCAACUCUACUGAUUACCUGAUCAAUGCCUCUACUUUAGUAAGAAACAGCACUCAGUUUCUAGCCCCUGCAUCAAAAAUGAUUAUUGCCAUUACUUUGUUCAUUUCAACAAUAAUUGGUACCAUCACCAACGGCCUCUAUCUAUGGGUGCUAAGACACAAGAUGAAACAGACUGUCAAUACUCUCUUAUUUUUUCAUCUCAUUCUCUCAUAUUUUAUUUCAACAUUGAUUAUACCAUUUAUUGCCACCUCUCAACUUCAAGACGAUCACUGGAACUUUGGAACUGCCUUGUGCAAGGUCUUCAACAGCACUUUGUCUCUGGGGAUGUUCACCUCUGUUUUCUUUCUUUCGGCCAUCAGUCUUGAUCGUUACCUACUCACUCUUCAUCCAGUGUGGUCCCAGAAGCACCGAACUCCACGUUGGGCUUCCAGCAUCGUUCUGGGAGUCUGGAUCUCAGCGGCUGCCCUCAGCAUCCCCUAUUUGAUUUUCAGAGAGACACAUCAUGACCAUAAAGGAAAGGUGACUUGCCGAAAUAACUAUGCUGUGUCUACUAACUGGGAAAGCAAGGAAAUGCAAACAUUAAGGCAAUGGAUUCAUGCAGCCUUUUACAUCAGCCGCUUCUUGCUGGGCUUUCUUCUGCCUUUCUUCAUCAUCAUCUUUUGUUAUGAAAGAGUAGCCAGCAAGGUGAAAGAGAGGGGCCUGUUUAAAUCCAGCAAGCCCUUCAAAGUUAUGAUGACUGCAAUUGUCUCUUUCUUUGUGUGUUGGAUGCCCUACCACAUAUACCAAGGCUUAAUUCUCAUUAAGAACCAGUCACUACUUUUAGAGUUGACUCUGAUACUUACAGUGCUAACCACUUCUUUCAAUACUAUCUUUUCUCCCACACUUUACUUACUUACUGGGGAGAACUGCAAAAAGGUCUUCAAGAAGUCCAUUCUUGCUCUGUUUGAGUCAACAUUUAGUGAGGAUUCUUCUGCAGAAAGGACACAAACCCUAAAUUCAGGAACCUAUGUUUAAAUUCUAGAUUCUUAAACAAACAUGCACUCUGUCAAUUAUACCACUAGAGAUAUACCUUUCGCUUUUGUAUGCUGUAGUACCUGUAUUAGAGAGAUACCUAGGCUGUACUGUAGUUAGAUCUCUGAGCAAUAAAAGGGCUGCAAGAAACCAAGCAAUUUGCAAGAUCAUGUUGCAAAUGUAAUUCUUUUUUUUUUUUUUUUUUUUUUGAGACACAGUCUUGCUCUGUCACCCAGGCUGGAGUGCAGUGGCACAAUCUAGGUUCACUGCAAACACCACCUCCCAGGCUCAAGUGAUUCUCAUGCCUCAGCCUCCCAAGUAGCUGGGACUAUAGGUGUAUGACACCUUGCCCAGCUAACUUUUUUGUAAUUUUACUAGAGACAGGGUUUCACCGUGUUGGCCAGUCUUGGUCUCAAACUCUUGUCCCCAAGUGAUCCGCCCACCUUGACCUCCCAAAGUGCUUGGAUUAUAGGCAUGAGCCACUGCGCCCGCCUGUGACAAUUUUUACUCAUUUUUUAUUGUGGAAAAAAUAUGUGUAACAUAAGAUUUACCAUUUUCACCAUUUUUAGUGAACAUUUCAGUGGAAUUAAUUAUAUUCAUGACAUUGUACAACCAUUACCACCAUCUAUUUCUAAAAUUUUUCAUCACUCUAAGGACAAACUUUGUGCCCAUUAAGUAGUAACUCCCUAUUCCUCCUCCCCCAGUCCCUAGUAAUCUCCAGUCUACUUUCUGUCUCUAUGAAUUUACCUAUUCUAGAUAUCACAUAUAUGAAAUUAUACAGUAUUUACCCUUUUGUGUCUGACUUACUUUACUCGGCAAAAUGUUUUCAAGGUUCAUCCAUGUUGUUACAGGUAUCAGAACUUCAUUCCAUUUUUACAGCUAAAUUAUAUUUGAUUGUAUAUACCAUAAUUUUUAAAUCCAGCCAUCUGUUGUGUUGUUUCCACCUUUUGUCUAUUGUCAAUAAAGCCACUAUUAUUGUGAAUAAA